AAUGUGUUAAAGAAGAGAGACCAAGUUCAAGCGGAGUAUGAAGCAAAACUGGAAGCAGUAGCCUUGAAAAAAGAAGACCGUCCAAAGGUACCCACAGAUGUUGAGAAGUGUCAAGACCGAGUAGAGUGUUUCAAUGCUGACCUGAAAGCAGAUAUGGAGAGAUGGCAGAACAGCAAAAGACAAGACUUUAGGCAGCUACUCAUGGGGAUGGCGGAUAAAAACAUCCAGUACUACGAGAAGUGCCUUACAGCGUGGGAGUCAAUUAUACCACUAUUGCAAGACAAGCCAGAGACCAAAUAAGAAGUACCUUCAUGGACAGUCUAGCACUUCUAUGCUCAGUACCACUAGAUAUACUGGAACUGUAUGAAGGACUCUUUUUGUGAAGUUAACUGAAAUACCAGCUGCACUUAGGCUGGAACAGACGGUCUGAAAAAUAUUUGAAUUUUUUUUUCCUCACUUUCUGUGUUUAAACUGGGGUAUGUUUCAUCUUUUUGAGUUAUCUUGAAUGGUUCCUUCUUUAUCCUAUGGAGUGAUUGGGGGUUCAUAGUGAAAGUACACGGGGAUCUUGAUAAAAACUUACCUCUCUAGUCUGGAAGGAACUGAUGAGCAGAACACUAAAAAGAUGAAAAUAAAACUCUACUGCAAGGUGCCAAAUGACAUCUUUAUUA